UACCGGAGUGACUUUUCCUUGGCCAUCUCAACGACCAGCAUUCUCACAAAUCGCGACAAUAUGAGUCAAAGAGCGGGAGCGAAGGAGUAUAACUUCGUCACAUUUGCUACCCCCGAUGAGAUGAAAAGCACCAGAGCUCGCCACUUGGUGUCUUCGCAUGUGUCACGAUUGUGGCGAAGGAAAACACAGCCGUUAACGAUCCAGCCGAGGACUCCCCUCCGCACCCCUACUUCUUGGACCAAUACAUCACAACAAAUGCAGAAGAUUCGGUCAGGAAGCCCACGAGUCGGCCAUUCAGACGAGGCGGCGAAUGAUUUCGGAUUCAGGAUCCCCGAAAAAAUCCCGGAUCAGGUCUCAAAUAGCCUCCCUCUGUUGCAGUUUCUCCAAGUAUACCCGCUGUUUACUUGUCCAGUGGAAGUAAUGCUGGACGGCGCCACACCAUACGCAGCAAGGUUCUUAGCCAAUGUUGAUGUCAAGGACGUGUAUCCAGCUAUUAUAUCUAUGAGUCUCACGUGGUUCUGGACCCAGUUUCCCACCCAGUAUCUACUAAACAGCGCUCGUUACUACCGCUCACAAGCGAUUUCGACACUCAGACAAAGAAUGACUCAGGAUAACGUGCGGGAAGAUGUUGUGCUCACGGUGAUUUGUCUCCUGCAAACUGAUGCGUUGAUGGGUGAUACGAAAGCUCUUAUGAUCCAUCGAAAGGGUCUUGAGGCAGUCCUACAAGGCAAUGGUAGCCAAAACCAGUCGGAUAAAUACCUGAAGGCUAUCAAAGAGAAGUAUGUCCGACUUCGAGCCAUUCUCAAAGAACGUCUUUUGACCUGUUAA